GGAUCACAAAGCGUUUCAUUGACAACUUGUGCAUCCAUACACGAAAAUUCAAUAGCUAAACAAAAAGAAAUCCUUUUCCGUCACUUGAUUCGUGAAUAUUGGUGCAUUUGGAUUGAAAAAAAUUACGGCCAAAAAUAUGGACAAUCUCACGGAUCAAAUGGGACUUAUGAGUGAUGAUUUAAUUGAAGAAUGCUCUGAAGAUUCGGACGAUCAUCAUACAUCAAAACAUGCACCACUGCGGGAACAGGAUCGAUUUUUGCCCAUUGCAAACAUCGCGAAAAUCAUGAAACGGGCCAUACCAGAAAAUGGGAAAAUUGCAAAAGAAGCACGUGAAUGCAUCCAAGAGUGUGUAUCUGAGUUCAUAUCAUUCAUUACAUCAGAGGCUAGUGAACGUUGUCAAAAUGAAAAGCGAAAAACAAUCAACGGUGAAGACAUACUGUACGCCAUGUGUGCACUUGGUUUCGAUAAUUACGUCGAUCCAUUAACACUGUACUUACACAAAUACCGUGAAACUACCAAAACCGAUAGAAACAUCAACGAGGCAUCGAAUAGCAACACAACCAUAAUCAACACAAAUGGAACGGUGGCGAACACAAAUGCCACCGUCAACAAUAUAUCGGCUGCGAGUGGUAGUGUUGUAUUAGGACAAAUUGGUGAAAGUAUAUUGUACUAUGACUCACAGAAUCAACAGUUUCAACUUUAGAAUUUAAGAGAAUUUUCAUACUUUUUUUAAGAAACCUAAGCAUUGUAGAAUAAAAUAAAUAAAAAAAACAGAGCCAGUACAGUGUGUUCGAAAAAAA